UGAUGGGGGGUGAAUUCAACUAUGAUAUAUUGUAAGAACUUUUGUAAAUGUACCCCCAGCACAACAAUAAAAAAAAGAAAAAAAAAAGACUUGGAGAGGCCAGAGGUCUUAUACCAGCAGGAGAGAACACAGAGCUCUGGAAAUGUCUUUUAACAUGACUUCAUUUUAAUCUACGUGGCAGUGGAGUAAAAUAUUCUUGGGUAUUUUGAUGUGCUUCUUGGGGAUAUUCUGCCAUGUGUUCACCAAACAAGUUCAUUUUGCACUACCACUGUACCCAUGGGACACUCAGAUCUCCUCCUGGUCCCUAAGUUCUGUAACCUCCUAUGUGUGGUGACUUGCUACUUUGAUCUAGAGACCUUCUCUGCCCCAGCAUCCCAUCACCCCAUGCUACUGUAACCAUGACCCUGAGGAUGCCCAGAUUGCGACUGUGAUUUCUACUACAGAACCACAUAUUGGGUGUCAGCAGUCACACUUCCCCCCAACUGUGUCAGCUCUUUCUCCAAAGUGUACCUUGCCCCUCCGAUGUGCAGAUGUGUAUGUUCUUUGUGCCUGCACGUUUAGAACAGGCUUUUCCAUUUCCAGAAUAUUUUAGUGUUUAAUGUGCUUGAAAUCUCACAGACUCAGUAGCAAUUUGGGAAUUUUAUUUUAUUUUGAAGGGGAGGAAGGCUUAUUUCUGGUGGGAUUUUUAUGGUGCCAUUCUAAGCAAACACUCCCAUAGGAAGUAUAUCAAAUACAUUCUCUGUGCGUGUUCAUUUCCCUUCCCAAUUUAGAUGGACAGCAUCUCUGGAGCCUUCAGAAUUUCUGCAGGAGCCUAUUGGGCCCCUCUUGUUAAUGAGCUUGUCGUGACUUCUUAUUCUGUAUGUGGCAGGAAAAGUAUCCCCAGAUAAGCUAGGGCAGAUUCUAAAGUGUGUGAAAGGAAUUUUCAUGCAAUUGGAGGACAUACCAUGUACUCAAAACUCAAAACAGGUUUAUAUGUGUGAGAAGAGGGAAAAAGAUGUGUCUGUGAGAGGAGAAGUGAACUUAGGUGCAACAAUAAAGCCAAAGUAUGGAAGCAAAAAAAAAAAAAAACGCUCUUGCUUUCUAUAUCGUGAGCUCACUUGUGAUUAAGCCUACUUAAUGAAUAGUGGGGAAAAAUUCUCAAUUGUCUUGAGUGUUAACUACCAUUUCUGUUACUCUUUAUGUGUGUAAUUCAUCCUAGUCAGAACAAAAGAAAUGUUAAUUUUACGAUGAUGUACAGUACACAGAGCAACUGCCGCAUAUUAUCAUUUCAUCUUUACCAGAUCCUUGAGGUUGUCUUCCCCAUUUUUGUGAGUGACUUGAGCCUUAGAGGGGACAAGAGACUUGCUUAGAAGUAAGGCCAGUAAAUGUCAGGUGCAGGACUUAUGAGUCCUGUCCAAUGAUCUCCCCUCCCAUCUCCAUGUCUUGCCUUACUUUUCUCCUCCCUCCUCUCUUUUCUUCCUUUACCCCUACUUGCUUCUUCUCCUCUCCUCUCCCUCCCCAUUCCUUCACUGAGUAAUCCUUUGGUUUCUUUCUGUUUUAUGUCACUAUCUGUCUCAUAAAUGUAACAGAUUAUGCAGGUGGGUUUUCGUAAGAAAUGUUAUGUUGUUAUGUUAUGAAAAGCAUCCCUCUCAUUGGCAGUAACCCUUAGCAAAGAAAAAAAUGUCUGGUAAUAGUGCUGACUGGGGUUGGAGCUCAAGACCUGAUGUAGGUUUCUGGUAAGACACCAUUAAGUUUGCUGCUGACUUUUUACUCAGUCCAGUGGAGAGGGCUCUGAGGGAGGGAGGCCAAAUAAAUAAAUCAGGACAAUGCUUACAGGAAAGUAGUACAUGAGAAUAGGCCUUAAUAUUGCUGACAGGGUUGCUGUUUACACAUGAAUAUGUGCUUGAGUGAGGCUUGUACUGGACCUUUUAUGUGCAGGUGGGCCACUAGCCUGAUGCUUCGAUUCAAGCCUUGAGUUCUAUCUUUGUGCAAGCUUGCCUUGGGAGAUGAGCCACUCACAGAAUUGUCCGAGGGCUGAAGGCGUCUGCUGUCUUCUCAAGAAGGCUGCGUUCACUGCAACGGAGCUGGAGUUUGCCCAAAUCAUCAUCAUUGUGGUGGUGGUCACGGUGAUGGUUGUUGUCAUCGUCUGCCUGCUGAAUCACUACAAAGUCUCCACACGGUCCUUCAUCAACCGCCCAAGCCAGAGCAGGAGGCAGGAGGACCCGCUGCAGCCGGAAGGGUGCCUGUGGCCUUCUGACAGCUCCGUGCCACGGCCUGGGGCCUCAGAGAUCAUGUACACCCCUCGGGCCAGGGACAGGUUCGCUGCCUCCCCGUUUAUCCAGAGGGACCGGUUCAGCCGCUUCCAGCCUACCUACCCCUACGUGCAGCACGAGAUCGACCUGCCUCCCACCAUCUCUCUGUCUGAUGGAGAGGAGCCGCCUCCUUACCAGGGACCCUGCACCCUGCAGCUCCGGGACCCCGAGCAGCAGAUGGAGCUCAACCGGGAGUCUGUGAGGGCCCCACCCAACCGAACCAUAUUUGACAGUGACUUGAUAGACAUUUCUGUGUACAACGGGGGCCCAUGCCCACCGAGCAGCCACUCGGGCAUUAGUGCCGCCACCUGCAGCAGUAACGGGAGGAUGGAGGGGCCGCCCCCGACCUACAGCGAGGUGAUGGGCCACUAUCCAGGCUCUUCAUUCUUCCACCACCAGCACAGCAACUCGCACAGGGGCAGCAGACCACAGUUUCAGCAGAACCAUUCAGAGAGCACAAUAGUACCCGUCAAGGGCAAAGACAGGAAGCCUGGGAACCUGGUCUGAUCCCUCCAGUGUGUACUUGAAUGAGGAGAGAGACACCAAGGCAGAAGGAGGCAGUGCAGGCCUUUCCUGCACAGUGUUGUCCAGUUUUACAUGGUACAACUAAGUAAAACCAAAUGUGCAAACAUGGUCUUUGUUUCUGUUCCUUUCAGGGGAAUUGCAUGCAAAGGAGACUAAACAAUGCAA